AUGUCAAAUUGGAGGGAGGAUUGGUGGUGCUCCCAGUCCAUGGCAUACGGCUUCCAGGGAUCUAGCUACCCUCUUGAGGAUGGCAACUGCAAUAGCUACACCAACAGCUUCAACCGUAUGUAUCAGGAAUUCGCCAAGAUGAAGAAGGACUUUGGAGCGAGCAUCGUACGCAUGUACUAUCCUACAUGCACCCAGUCGACGGUGUUUGAGAACGCGAUUCGGGCCGCGGCCAAGAAUAACAUGGCUCUCAUCCUGCAGGUCUGGACAAACUUUGGUAACGACUCUGGCAACUUCGUCAACGACCUCGGGGCAUUCCGCAAGCGAAUUAAUCAGCACCACAUCAAGGCGGGCAUCAGCGAGGACUGGGACCGGCCUGGUUCCCUGCGCAACGGCGAUGGUUUGACUGGUCUGGGCCGCGGCAUUAAAAGUAACUCGGACUACGACCACAUCCAUGCCAUGUCCUUCUAUCAUGGUAAUAAUCCUGAGAGCCAGGCCUGGGCAUACAUUCAACAGGCUACGCAGUGGGUUCUGGAUCAUGUCAAGCUGCCUACUAUGAUUACGGAGAGUCCUUGGGCUUGUGGCAAGACUGACCACAAUCCUGACCACAAUCCCGGAAAGAGGGACGUAGGGGUUGCUCAGUACACUCGCUAUUGGAAAACAUUUGAUGAUAACUGCAAGUGGUUUAAGCAGAAAAAUGUCGAUUGGUUCUUGGAUGCUUGGCAGGGAGAGGAUAAAUUUGAUAUUGUGAAGCCCGAUGGCUUUGGUUAUGUUAUUCCUGGAUGGAGACCUCGUGAGUGUUGA